UCCAUACGUACUGUAGUUGAAGUUGUAUUCCAUUUCCUGUUAUCUCUGUCAUAGACCUAGAUCUCAGUCCCCUUAUCGAGAUCAGUUGAACUGAGGAACGCGAGGUAAAUCGUUAAGAUACAAAUGACUGUUACUGUCUGUCAGAGAUGCAGUGUGGACUUAGAACUUUUGUCAAUGAGUAAGUGUUUGUCUCUUAGCUACCACUACUGUAAUGUGCAAGUUACGUUGUAGACAGAACUUCAAAGUCACAUUUUAGGUAGGUAGACGCGAAAAUGCCACUGCAAAAGGCCACGGAGAAGGAGUCGUUGAAUUUUAAUCAACUGUGCACGUUUGAGAGCUUCGAGGAAGUUUGGAGUCAUUACGGUUAUAAAAGUGACUUCAAAGACGUAAUAGAACGGGAGUUCUCAAGGACUAAAGGCAUUACAUACCUGGACCAUGCUGGAACAACGCUAUACCCUGAGUCACUGGUGAGAGAAUUCUAUCAGGAUAUCUCCAGGAAUGUAUAUGGCAACCCUCACAGCCAUAACCCCAGCAGUAGACUGACGCAUGACACAGUAGAGCAUGUCAGAUACAGGAUAUUGCAGCAUUUUAACACCACUCCUGACAAAUACUCUGUGAUUUUCACCUCUGGCUGUACGGCAGCUCUCAAAUUAGUCGCUGAGAGCUUUCCCUGGAGGCCUCCCACUGCUACGGAGCCAGCCAGUCAGUUCUGCUAUCUGACUGAUAACCAUACCUCGGUGGUCGGCAUCAGAGGAGUUACUUCAGCACUGGGAGUGGUUUCUCUACCUGUCUCCCCCGAGGAGAUAGAGGCCAGAGCCAGAGAUGUAGCCCAGAGUGAAUGCAGCAGUUGCCAGACACCACACCUCUUCUGUUAUCCAGCACAGAGCAAUUUCUCUGGCAGAAAGUACUCCCUGGGUUACGUGAGGGGCAUCCAGGCGAGGAAGCUCUACCCAGCGUGUGACAGCCAGGGCCGGUGGUUUGUCCUGCUGGAUGCUGCCUCUUUUGCCAGCUGCUCUCCUCUGGAUUUGCAGGAGCACCCAGCGGACUUUGUUCCCUUCUCCUUCUAUAAGAUGUUUGGCUUCCCCACAGGUUUAGGGGCUCUUCUGGUCCGGAAUGACACAGCUGCCCUCCUAAGAAAAGCAUACUUUGGUGGAGGUACAGCAGCGGCCUACCUAGCGGGGGAGAACUAUUACGUGCCAACGCCAAAUAUGACUAACCGGUUUGAAGAUGGCACCAUCUCUUUCCUGAACGUCAUUGCUCUAAAUCAUAGUUUUGACACUCUACACAAACUCACAGGAGGCAUGGAGAAGGUCCAGCUGCAUACAUUUGGUUUAGCACGCUAUACUUACAUGUUGCUGUCUAGCCUUUGCCAUGGCAACGGACAACCAGUUGCUCAGAUAUACUCCGACAGCGAGUUUGAGAACCCGAGCACGCAGGGAGCCAUCCUCAACUUCAACUUGACGGACUGUCACGGACAAAUAGUUGGAUACUCUCAGGUGGACAAGCUGUCUAGUCUUUUCAAUAUCCAUGUGCGGACAGGUUGCUUCUGCAACACCGGUGCCUGUCAGCUCUUCCUUGGCACCACCAAUCAAGACGUGAAGAGCAACCUACAGGCGGGUCAUGUCUGUGGAGACGAUGUAGACCUGGUUGAUGGUCGUCCAACAGGAUCUGUACGCGUAUCCUUCGGCUACAUGUCAACCUUCCGGGACUGCCAAAACUUCUUGAACUUCAUCGUGGACUGCUUUGUGGAGAAACCAGUCAAAGUGGACCAAGUGAAACUAGAAAGACUGAAAUCGAACACCUCUUCUCGAGGUUCCAGUCAGUGUCUGCUUACUGUGCUUACCAAUGGGGAACCUAAACACAUAGACAAUAGAGAGCAUGCCUCUACAGAUCCAGUUGUGAACGAAUGUGGAGGCAAGGCCAUCACCAAGGAAGCAAAGAGCCAAGGGAAGGCCCAGUAUUUGACUAAUAUCUACAUAUAUCCAAUCAAAUCCUGUGCAGCGUUUGAGGUGACUGACUGGCCAGUGUGCCCUCUGGGACUGCUCCAUGACCGGGGCUGGAUGGUGGUGAAUGGUAAUGGAGUGUGUCUGAACCAAAAGAGAGAACCACGCUUAUGCCUCAUUCAUCCGCAGAUCUUCCUGCCCUCGAACACACUGCUCCUGCAGGCCUCAGGAAUGGACACAAUUUCUGUCCCUUUGGAAAACCACAAUGAGCCACACCAGAGUCAUGGUGUGUGUCAAAGCAAGUUGUGUGGUGACAGGGUGCAAACAGUAGAUUGUGGCGAUGAUGCUGCAUCAUGGCUCUCAGAGUUCCUUGGACAGCCUUGUCGUCUGAAAAGGCAAAGUCCUGAUUUAAUUCGCAACAUGAAAAAGGGCCAUGAAAAAGGGGUCUCGUCCACUGCCCUCUCCUUGGUGAAUGAAGCCCAGUAUUUAAUGAUCAACCAUGCCAGUGUUGAUUUGCUUCAGAGACGCAUCACCAGCAGACAGGAAUCCUCUGACCAUCAGCCUCUUGACAUCCAUGAGCUUGUUAGUCGGUUUCGUGCCAAUUUAAUCAUCUCUGGAUUGGAGCCAUUUGAGGAAGAUGAUUGGUCACACUUGAUUAUUGGAAACACCCAUUUCCAGGUGGCAGGUCGGUGUGGCAGAUGCCAGAUGAUUGGGGUUGAUCAGAACACAGGAGCCAAGACCAAAGAGCCUCUUCUGUCUCUCUCUGCCUAUCGCAAGGGGAAGGUGACCUUUGGUGUGUACCUUGUCCACCAAACACUGGAUGGCUCCAAUGCAACCCUAUCUGUUGGCGCUCCUGUAAUGUCUCAAUGGUCAGGAUAAGGUUACCUUUUCCAGAUGUUUUUAUAUGUCUGGACUCGAAAUUAUUUUAAGCAAACAUGGUUAGGUUACCAUUUUAACUUAAGUGUUUGCAUAUUGUAGGAAGACAACCCAGGUAAUCACAGAGCUCAUACAGACCAACGUGUAAAUCAAUUACUGUACCUUUUAGUUUACAUGAUUUUAAUGUUUUGUAAAUUAACAACAAAAAAAAUACAGUUUCUGUUGUCU